GCGGGGCCUGUGACUGACUGCAGCAGAGACACAGACACACACACGCCAUGGCCCGAGAGUAUAAAGCCGGGGAGCUGAUUUUCGCCAAGAUGAAGGGUUACCCUCACUGGCCAGCCCGGAUUGAUGACUUUGCUGAUGGAGCUGUGAAAUCAUCCACAAAUAAGUAUCCCAUCUUUUUCUUUGGGACUCAUGAGACAGCGUUCUUGGGUCCAAGAGACAUUUUUCCUUAUGAAGAAAACAAGGAUAAAUAUGGCAAGCCCAACAAAAGAAAGGGCUUCAAUGAGGGGCUGUGGGAAGUUGAAAACAAUCCAACAGUAAAAUUUCUAGGGCAUCAGGGUUUGAAUAAACGUGCUCGCAAGUUGUCGACAGAAAAAGAUGGUGAAGAGGUGAAGCAGGCAAGUGAUUUGAACCUGGGAAAGGAGGAAUUGGAUGCUGGAGGUUUGCCUGAAUUUGACAAACGGAGUGAUGAGGAGGUUGCCCCAAACAAAGUUGAGUUGGAGACCCCUAAGAAAGGUGCUAAGAGGGGACGAAAGAGAAAGGUUGACAAAAUAGAUGCUGCUUCAGAAUCAGAAGAACCAGAGAAGCAGAGUGCCAAGCAGAAAAAGCAAGUUUUACCUGUGGAAACAAAGACCCCGAAACCAAGGGAAGGAGGCCUAAAAUGUGAGAGUGGCAGGGAAGACAAAGCUGAAGAGAAGAAAGCGCCAGAGGAAAAACGGAAGAAGCAACCAGAACAGAAGAAAGUGAAGGAAGAAGAAGAAAAGAAAGAGAAGAAAGGUGAGAAACUGAAAAGAGAACCAGCUAAAAAGGAACCGAAGAAGGACGUUGAACCCAAGCGGAGGAGGAAUGCUAAAGCCAAGUCAUCUUCAGAAUCUGAUGGGGAGGAACCUGAAGAUGAUGACGAAGAGGAGAGGAGCAAGAAAACCAAGUGGAAUGCUGCCAACAGGCGCAAUCUAAUGAAAAAGCAAAAUGAGAAGGACCAAGACGAAAAGCUACGCAAAAUGGAGGAGAACAAAGAUGAACAGCAACCCAAAGAGGAUAAAGAAGGAAAGAUAGAUGAAAAGCUGAACUUCAAGAAAAUAGAAAAGAAAAGAGAAAUGUCAAUGGAAUCCAGGCUUCAUAAGUUGCAUGGGGAAAUUAAACUUUCGCUAAAGAUUGACAAACCUGAUGUGAAGAAGUGUAUUGAAGCCUUAGAUGAACUUGCAUCUCUCCAAGUUACCCCACAACACCUGCAGAAACAUAGUGAACUGAUUGCAACGCUGAAAAAGAUUCGACACUACAAAGCCAGUCAGGAUAUCAUGUUCAAGGCGGAUAUGAUCUACAACAAAUUCAAAUCUAUGUUCUUGGUUGGAGAAGGUGAUUCAGUGAUCACGCAAGUACUCAAUAAAUCUCUGGCGGAACAACGACAGCAUGAAGAGGCGGUCCGAGCUCGAGAACAAGAAAGAAAGGCCGAUUUGAUGGAGACUAACAAGAAAGAUAAUGCGGAGGAACAAGCGUCAGACCCUCAGGCAGUGAAUGGUGAAGUCGUAUCCCAAGAGGCAGAGAACGGGCACUCGUUGAAAGGAGUCGAGGGUCAGCAGGUGGCUGGAGAUGAGAAGAAGAAGAGGGGCCAGGACGGGCUACAGUCAGCACAAAAUAGGGAGCUGGAUCUACCAGAUUCCUCACAAUCAGCAAAGCAGCUAGCAGCUGAAGCUGAAGUCAGUCAAACAGCGAGGGCAGCAGCCACUGAACACUGAGCAGCCUCGACAGGCACAGUCAGCACUAGUUUUUAGAAAUGGAGAGCGUGGCAUACAAGUUUGGUUUGUUUGUUCUUGUAUUUUGUAACUGUUCUCAAACGGCUGAUAACUCCGGUUUGAUAUGUAGAGAAUUUGCUUUUUUUAAAAAAAAUCACAACCCCUGGACAUCAGUGAAACCCCUUUUUUUUAAAAAAAAGCACAUGGCAGUAUACAGCCACGGCAUAGAUGUACAUUUUCUUUUUUUUUAAUGUUCUAUAUAAUGGUGAUUAGUAGGUGGUGGCUUUUUUCCCCAAAAUGUGUAUAGCAUUUCUGUGGUUUUAUGUUUUUUAUUUUGAUAGGAUGUAUCUUCAUUUUUUUGUCCUAAUUAACCAGUUAUGCCAAAUCUGCUUUAACGCCAAAUAUUUCAAUUGAUCUUAGAUUCUUUUUUCCUGCAUGUUGGAUUUGCAGGUAGUAUUGUAUUGUAAACCAACAUUCAUGUUUGUUUUAUUAAAAUAAGUCCUUUUAUACUUGUUUGGUUAUAGUUGAUAUUUCCCAAAUACAUCCAUUAUAUUAGUUUUUCUUUUAACGACCUGUAAAGGUCCUAUGCAGAAGAUGCAUUUUCAAAUUGUAAUCGUAAACUAACAAGAGUUCUGAAUUGCUUUUUAUUUUUUUAUACUAGAUCUGUCUUUGUACUACUAAAUUCUUCCACUCCAGGUGAACUUUAGAAGUGCUUAUGUGUGGCAGUUUGCUUCAGCUGUAUGGGGAGGAUUUAGGCCUUGAACUUUGCUGUAAACUUGCACCAAAUAAAUGUUUGCUUCAUUAACA